AAGCGGUGGCAUCAAGCGGGUGGGGUGGGGGGGAGGCUGAGCAUUCUCGCCCGGUCAACUAGGGAAGAUGGCCCAGGCCGAGGAAAUCGCUCCCACGCCCCGCUGUCCCCUCCCCUGAGCUGGGGGAAGGGACCCAUCUAGAAGGGAGACCCUCUCUCUCUUUCCUUCCCGGCCCACGUACGCCCUGGGAAUGUCUCCGUGGUCUCACCGGAACAGCUCUCUGGCCUCGUGGCCUGCUGACCCCACCCCGACGCCCAAUACUGCCAACGCGAGUGGGCUGCCAGGGGUGCCGUGGGCGGUGGCCUUGGCGGGGGCGCUGUUGGCGCUGGAGGUGCUGGUCACCGUGGGAGGCAACCUGCUGGUAAUCGUGGCCAUCGCUCGGACGCCGAGACUCCAGACCAUGACCAACGUGUUCGUGACUUCGCUGGCCACAGCAGACCUGGUGGUGGGACUGCUGGUAGUGCCGCCGGGGGCCACCUUGGCCCUGACCGGCCACUGGCCCCUGGGAGCCACUGGUUGCGAGCUGUGGACUUCAGUGGACGUGCUGUGUGUGACAGCCAGCAUCGAAACCCUGUGCGCCCUAGCCGUGGACCGUUACCUGGCAGUGACCAACCCGCUGCGCUACGGUGCGCUGGUCACCAAACGGCGCGCCCGGGCAGCAGUGGUGCUGGUGUGGGUCGUGUCCGCCGCGGUGUCGUUUGCCCCCAUCAUGAGCAAAUGGUGGCGCGUGGGAGCCGACGCCGAGGCACAGCGUUGCCACUCCAAUCCCCACUGCUGCGCUUUCGCCUCCAACAUACCCUACGCGCUGCUCUCCUCCUCCGUCUCCUUCUACCUCCCGCUUCUGGUGAUGCUCUUCGUCUACGCGCGCGUUUUCCUCGUGGCUACGCGCCAACUGCGCCUGCUGCGCGGGGAGCUGGGCCGCUUCCCGCCCGAGGAGUCUCCGCCGACUGCGUCGCGCUUUGUGUCCCCGGCUGGGCCGUACGCUUCGCCCGCAGGGGUGCCCUCUUACGGUCGGCGGCCCGCGCGCCUUCUGCCUCUCCGGGAACACCGGGCCCUGCGCACCUUGGGUCUCAUCAUGGGUACCUUCACUCUCUGCUGGUUGCCCUUCUUUGUGGCCAACGUGAUGCGCGCUCUCGGGGGCCCCUCUCUGGUUCCCAGCCCGGCUUUCCUGGCCCUUAACUGGCUAGGCUAUGCCAACUCCGCCUUCAACCCGCUCAUCUACUGCCGCAGCCCAGACUUUCGCAGCGCCUACCGCCGUCUCCUGUGCCGCUGCCAGCGUGAGGAACACCAGGCCGCCGCCUCCCCGCCUGGCGACCCAUCGGGCGCCCCUGCCGCACUGGCCAGCCCCGUGGGGUCCAGGCAGUGCCCACCGCUCAACGGGUGGAAGAAGAACCAGAUAGGAGGAGGAGCCUGGGUGUUCAACAGUGUGGAGUCACCAUGUCCACCAUGGAUUGCUUCUGUUUAAGACUCUUACAUGGAAGAAAAAUAAAUUCCUAUCUUAUUUAAGCAGUUGACUUCAUUUUGGGGGUUUCCUACGUGGCGGGGCCAGUAGCUUCUGAGAGCUUUAGGAUCGUUUGCAUACAGCUCUAUGACUAGAGAGUAACGGACAGCUCUUCUCUGCCAGCUCCAGUAGGACUCCAGGAGCCCAGGCUUGAGCCACGUGCCUCUUCUCCCAGGAAGCGCUGUCACUCAGGAUUCAAGGACCAAACCUGCGGAGAGGGCUGGGGCCUGCUAUCAGAAAGAGUAGGAAAAGGGUUUCUGGAUGGACUUAGAGAAAAAUCACUACCUUCCACCUUUUGGAAGCUCAUCAGCCGAUAUUUUUCUCCAAACAUGUAAUUUUAAGAAUGGUCAAAACUAACAGAAGGCAGUGUUUCUGCAUGCAAGUAAAAACUUGCUCUCUCCUCCCAAAAGGAACAACCCAAACUCACAUCCAACAUCCAGCACAGAGUUAGGAUCUCUGGGUGAGGUGAAUUUUCCUCAUCUGAAAGCGGCUACCCAUAAUACUGCAGCUUAUGGACUGAAACAGAAUUUAACUAUUCCCUAAUAUAUCCAGUGUUCAGUGCUGGGAGGGAAAUGGCUAUGAAGGCCAUCUAGAAAAGCAGGGAAGGGGAGCAACACACAGUGAUCACUGGUCCAGAGCACAUACCACGUUUAUGUGGACAGGGACAUAAGGAGAAACCAUUUGUUUGAUCCGCGUUCCUAGCAAUGGAAUGAGCUCUUUGGAUCAGUUAUAAGGACACCCCUCUCUCCCAGCCCAUUAUGAUUUUUCUUUACCCUUUGUCCUCCUUGACUGAGCCUGAGGGGUCUAUGGGGAAAUUUCCCCAUGAGGAUUACUCCACUUUAGCAGCCAACUUCUGUGACCAUGGUUACUAGAACCUGAAGAUUGGGGUCUUGCAAUUUCCUGUGGGGGGGGGGACCCUUUAAAAACUAGUCUGUUCAAAUGUUAGUUUGAACUUCCCAAUACUUUGUGUUAUAAACUCUAGACUCAAAACUUCCUUGGAUAUUGAUAUGGUGGUUUCUGUCUCUUGGUAGCCUGAGGGGCAUGCUCUUUUCCAUAAUAAACCUCACACAAUUCUAUAAUAUUCGUUGAUCCCCAUUUAAAAAUGCAUAGGGGCUCCUAGGUGGCACAGUCAGUUAAACAUUGGACUCUUGGUUUUGGCUCAGGUUGUGAUCUCAAGGUCAUGAGGUUGAAGCCCAUGUUGGGCUCAUGCACACACUCAUGCUCUCUUUCUAUCUCUCAAAAUAAAUAAAUAAAUCUUAAAUAAAAUGCAUACACUGAGGUGGAGAGAGUUUAAACCACUUACCUAAGGGUAUAUAAGUAUUAAAGGGGAAAGCUGAGAUGGAAAGCUAGAUCUGCCUAGCUCUUCUGUCCACUCUACUAUGAGGCCCUAGUUGACAGUCGGGGGGGCAGGGUUGGCGGGUCUUAUGUCUGAGUGCUGUGGCCAAGAGGGAAAGUAGGUAAGAGCUGAAGGAACUAUUUCCAGGGGACUCUGAGGGUUACAGACAUGUACUGACUGCUCUGGUAGGUGAGAGUUUAUGGCUUUGGAAGCUUUAGGAGAAUGGGUCCUCGGCGUUCACACUGGUGUCCUGUAGUUGUCAGAGUGGUCACUGGUCACUGUGGCAAUAAGGAAAUGCUGGACCCAAGUGAUGUCCUACGAAACAGAUGUGGAUGAGGGGUAUGACUGCACUGGAUGAAUGUGAAAGAACGUUCCCCAAGUCACACAAGAACACCCUGAGAAUGGUCAGGAACAAUUGGGGAAGAUUAAGAUCAGCUAGUGGUCCAUACUGUGUAGGAAAAGGCAGAUUAUUCUAAUUCGUUGAACCAUGUCUGUACCUGGGCUGCUGAGAGAAGCGAACAUGGGGCCAUAAACACUCCACUCCAGUUCUCAGCUCCCAGACAGAGCCUCUGGCAUGAGCCAGCCAACUCCUCCAUGGUGACUGCCCUCCUGCUGUCACACUCCAUAGCCUUGGGGUCAUCCAGAGAGCACCUUCCCUGCAUCCCAUAGCUGCUGAGACAGCAACGGAGACCCUGGAAGUUUAACAGAUUUAGAAGUACAAGGACAACACAUAUAAAAAUAGGCAU